AUGUCGUUCAUCAUAAAGAAGAUUACCUGGUCGGAGUAUCAGAUAGAAACUCCGAUCCUCUUGCAGGAUGUUAAUGGUGCUUGCCCCUUAAUAUCUAUAGUAAAUACGCUAUUGAUGAGCUACGGGUUGCUUCAAGCAGAUGUGAUUCUAAAUGACGUUUCAGAUCUUCUGAAUCUUCAGAGAGAACGAUUAAAGGCUGUGACAGCUCUUAGAGAUCGAUUGGUUGAAAAAAGCUCUGUGAGUUUAGAGGAGAUUGUCAAUGAAUUGGUUUGGCUUUUGGUUGAACACUUCAAUUCAGGUAAUGAUGAAGAGAACACUGAGUUGGUGGAGAUAUUACCUAAUUUGAACUACGGAUUAAACGUUAAUCCCGACAUCACCAAUGGCUUAUUUGGGAACGAAUUGGGGACCCGUUUAUUUGAUAUUUUCGGGUUGAAAUUGAGACAUGGUUGGAUUGUAGAUCCAUCCGGUGAUAGUUCCGAAUUGGUUGAAUUGGCCGAAGAGUUGAAAACGUAUGACAAGAUCCAAGACUAUUUAGUUGAUACAAUUGUGCCUACUAAAACAACAACCACAACGGCAGCUGCAAAGGCAAAGGCUAUGCCAGUAUCUGCUGCGCCUCCGACUAAUACAUCAUUAUUGCCCGAGGUUCCUGUCACGACAACAACGACAAUCGCAUCCCCUGUUGUUCCACCUCCUCAACCAGCAGAUACUCUUGCCUAUUUGAGACCAACGGACUCGCUCCGAAGUGCCACUUCUGUCUAUCCUGAAUCUACUACAGAUUCUGGAAUUAAUGACUCUCAAGUAGUUUACACACCUUAUACACCGGUUGCACCAAACACAACUACUGCAGCUCCAGUGCCGGUUCCAGCUAAUGCAAACGUGACUAAGCAACAAACUCCCAAUACGACAGCAGCUAGUGCCACUGUCACAUCCACUGAUGCUCCAACUGUCACAACUUCAGAUCAAAACAUGGCUGUUCCAUGUCCAGCAUUGAGUUUUCCAGAACCUUCACAGUCUGUUGAUGAUAUUAUCAAGGAUCACGAAUCACCAACGGGAAGAUCGGAGUUCAGUCCGCCAGAACCGUCUGCUAUUGACGCUGUUAACCAGCCAACUAUUACACCUGCGCCCGCUCGUAUUGCUCAGAACUCAGUUGAGUACAAAAAAUCUGUUUUGCGAUCUUGGCUUGAUCGUCAUAGUGCACAAUUGACUACACAUGGACUUGAUUCUUUGAGGGACCAAUGUAACCCAGGAGAGUUUUUAAUUCUUUUCAGAAACAAUCAUUUCAGUACUGUUUACAAAAGAAGUGAUCAAGAUUUGUAUGUGUUGAUCACAGAUUCAUUACUUCAAAGACAAAUAGUUUGGCAAUCAUUGAAUUCCAUUUCAGGUACUGAUGAUUUAUUUUUUGAUGGUGAUUUUGUUCCCUUUUUUGAAUCGGAAGAACUGCAAGAUUACCUUCUUACUAAAAACUUACAAGAACAAGAAGAUGCCCGUUUAGCUGAAGAAUUGCAAAAACGAUAUCAAAAAUCGAGCCAAAAAGGAAACCACAAGACAGCAGCAGCAACUAACAAAAUUGUUCAAGAAAGGACGGGGAAUGAGAAUACCCCUACAUCCUCUAAAGAAAAACCUGAUUACAGGAAACCACCUAAGAAUAAUAAAGAUUCGAAGUGCAUUUUGAUGUGA